AGGCAAAAGGCCAAACGGCCAAAUCCACCCACCGAAGUUUCGCUCCGUUCGAUACAGCGCAGGGUAAGUACAACUCUGCCAAAAUACGGUACCCAUUGCCAAUACGAUGCCUCGUGGUGCCAUCGGCCGAGUACUGUCAUCCGUGGUAGCUCGUACUAGUUUCAGCAACGGCAAUGGUACACUGGCGACCGUUCCAUCUUGGAGGCGUUUGUCUUCUGCUUCCUUGUUGCCAUUUUCGGUUUUGAAGCGCAUCCAAUCCGACCUGAACGAAGCCGAUGUCAAUGGAGAUGGCAAGAUUGAUUUUGAAGAGUUGAAACUGAUCCUGAGCAAGUAUCCACAUUCCUUCUCGCACUCUCAGGUAGAGCAGAUUGGGGAAUUAUUCUUUGUGGGCCGAUCGGGUCAGGCUGUCCGCCAUACCACCUUUCUCAGGGGUAUCCAACAUGUCCUUCUUCAUCAGCAAAGUCAAGAAGAAGAACGGGUAGAAAUUAGUACUAAUCAAUCAUCCAUACAGGAGAAAGACGUGUCUCCAGAGAAUCCUCUCCAACUGGAAAGUUUGGAUGACAAUCGUUGCUGGGUAAGUCCGCAGGAAGCAUCUUCCUCGCAAGAAACACUUUACGACAUUCAGACACAAUUUGAUCAAUCGCUGUUGGCAUAUGUCCGAGAAGUCCAAUUGAUGGAACAACUGGGGGGUACGGAAGCACUGCAACGCAUGUCGGACGAUUUCUACCAUCGCGUUGCAUCGGAUCCUCGAUUGCAGCACUUUUUUGUAGGACACGACAUGGACCGCCUGAAGCGACAUCCCUACAAUUUUAUGCGUGUGGCAUUUGACACAACAGUCUGGCCCGAAGACGACCCCCAAGUGUUUGCCUCACGAGUGCGACGAGCCCAUGGAACUUUGAAGCGAGAACAGGGCGGCUUGACAACGGACCAUUUUGAUGCCAUGAUGGAUCAUUUUGUCGGCACUCUCACCGACGAUGGAACGGUGGCGCAGGAUACCAUCGAUACGGCGGUAGAAGUCCUGCACUUGUUUCGAGACUGUUUUGCACCUUCUUAUUUACCAAUCUCGGACGAGGACUAGCUAGCUUUGGUGGCUAUCAGCGACAAGAACCAGAUUGUUUGGGCGUCUUGGCUUAGACCUGGUCUCGUCAUCGUAUGAUCAUACAAUCUGAAGGUCUGGUCUUGUCGUACUACAUGUACUAGUAGUAGAAGCAGGCAUAGAUCGACCUACUACUAGCUAGCCAGCUGUGAAGUUCACGGGUGGCAAGUCCACCGUGGACGGAAAGCUCGAGAAGACAACGUCGUGACGACCAAUUUUGCGGAAGCAAAAAGUCGAGCGACAGUCAGUCAUUUUCAUUGAAGGAAACUACUUGACACCACUCAUCCAUGUAGCUAUUAAAUAGUAAGAAAGUCACCAGGAACAGAGACUGCCGG